UAAAAAUUAAAAUAUAUUUUGUUUUGCAAUAAAAAAUUACAUUGAUAUUUAUUUAGAUUCUUAGACGCAGUUGCUAAUUGCUGGUCCGAAUUUCCCGAGAUCCGAUUGAUCCGAAUUACUCGAAGUGAUUCAUGUUUUAUUGUUUCAUUGUUCUGCGAUUUUCAUAAAAGAAACUGUUCGCUUACCCAUUUAAUCAUUACUAUUUAUUUUAGCUAUUGAUUAUACAUCGUUUUUAUUACAAUCAGUUUUUGUAUAAUAUUCUCAAUCGUGAAAUAACCAGUUAACAUAUUAUCAUUUUUGACUGAAAACAUUAUUUUUAAUUUAAAAAAAACAUGGCACCAUCAGCUGCAGUAAGCAAGAGAGAUGACGGCCCGUCGACAUCUGAAGAUUUUGAUUUAGAAAAGACUGCCGAAGAGGCGAAAUCUUUGAUUGAGAAAGUCAUCAGAGACGUUGGCAAAAAGUCUGCAACCAGACAAUUGCUUUUUGGUUCGGCGUCCGGAUGGGCAACUGGUUUUAUAAUGAUGAAAUUGGGUAAAGCUGCUGCUUUUACAGUCGGAAGUGGUAUUUUAGCCCUACAAAUUGCCAAUUCGAGUGGUUAUAUAAAUAUUAAUUGGGAUAAAUUGACCAGAGGUGUAGAAAGAGUGGCUGAACAAGUCGAAGACAGUACAAGUACCAAGAAGCAAGGAUUAUUGAAAAAGGUGGGGCGCUUUGUUGACAAGAAACUUGACAAGGCUGAGGAUUUAUUAAGGAAGAAAGAACGCAAAGCUAAACGUUGGUUUAAUCGUAUAUCUGGUGAUGAGGAUGAAUUUGUUUUUGAAGAGAUUCAUGUAUUCUUAGCAUCUUAUUUAAUUGGCCUUGUUAUUGGAAUUUCUUGUGGCAUCGUUGCUCGCUGAAACGGUUAUUGAAUAAUACAUUUUCGUGAACAUACAUUUUUAAAAAUAAUCAUUUCAUUUUAUAUAAUUGAUUGCAUGUAUAUAGCAAAGCACUAAUACUAAUAGUUCCAUAUUAUAUAUUUCUUUAAAUAAUUUGUUAAUAAUGAGAACAGGCAUUUGUUUUUUCAUUUAUUUACUAAAUUUACAUAAUUUAUUAUCAUCAUAUUAUAUUUAGCUUAAGUAUUAUUUUGAUACUAGUCAGUUUGAAAUGAGCUGUUCCGUUCAUUUUUGUAAUGAUUUGUGAUCAAAUACAUUAUGAACUUAGGUUAUAACUUUUAAC